GCGGGGCAAGUGCAAGCACGUCGCCAGAGCUGCCUGAUCACCCUCCAACAAGCUGAAGCUUCAAACUUUGACAGCUCUUUUCUCCUCCGACCGAAUAUCGACGAUUUCACAGCUCCAGCCUAGCCGACACAUCGAAACGACGCCAUUGAUUAGCCUAACAUGUCGGACCGUGUCGAAAUCCUCAACACUUUCACCGACAUAACAGGUGCUUCAGAGGAACAGGCUAAGGAAUAUCUCUCCGAAUGCGGCUGGGAAUUAGAUAGCGCCGUCCAGGCCUACCUGGCCGAUGCGGACGAGGCGGCGGCAUCUCCUGUGCCAAACGACCCCGCGGCCCCUGCGGCCCCUGCGGCCGCCGUCGCAGAGCCCGCAUACACUGGUCCGAGAACCUUGGAUGGCCGCCACGCGCCCCAUUCUGCCAGCAUACCGUCCACGUCGGCGGGCAAGAAGCCGCAAAGACGAACCGGCGUUGCCACCCUGAGCUCGCUUGGUGGCGGGGAUAGCCAUGGCCACAGCCACGAUUCUGACGACGAUUCCGAGGACGAAGCGCACCGUCCUAGAGAUCUGUUCGCCGGCGGAGAGAAGUCGGGAUUGGCAGUUCAGGACCCUAACAAUCGAUCCUCGGACUCGAAGAAACUUAUCAACGAUAUUAUAGCGAAAGCAAAAGCGAACGCUAAGCGGCCCGAGUCCCCCGACGAAGCCGCCGCCGCCGGACCUUCGAGACCUACCUUCCGUGGAUCAGGUCAGACGCUUGGCGGUGACGGCGUCGAGAGCCGCACGAUUCCAAACCCUCGCGGCAGCGCCAUUCCGACGGUCGCUAGCGAGCCCCCCCAAGAGCGGAUGCUCCAUAUCUGGGCUGACGGGUUCAGCAUUGAUGAUGGCGAGCUUCACCGAUUUGAUGACCCCCAGAACCAAGCCGACAUUCAAAUGAUACGUCAAGGUAGAGCCCCGCUCCAUCUGAUGAAUAUCAGAUACGAUCAGCGAGUGGACGUGAAGCUUCAGCAGCAUCCCGAGAAUUAUCAUCCUCUGCCCAGAAUCUAUCGUCCGUUUGGAGGCGAGGGGAGACGCCUGGGAAGCCCAGUCCCGGGCGAUGGCUCGACGCCUGCACCACAGGUCACCGCAGCGACCACGACCGCUGCUACGACCACGCAGAGUGGGCCGAGCCAAGCCGCCUCGACAAGCGUCGACGAGUCUCGGCCGGUUUUGGCGCUCCGCAUCCAGCUUCCAGACGGCCGUCGCGUCCCUGCCCGCUUCAAUACCACGCACACUGUUGGCGAUGUCUACGCUUUCGUCUAUAGUGCUGCGCCUGCUACCUCGGACCGCCCCUGGGUCCUUUCGACCACGUUUCCGAACAAGGACCACACCGACAAGGAAUUGGUCCUUGGUGAGAUGGCCGAGUUCAAGCGCGGUGGCACAGCUGUAGUCAAGUGGACCUAGGUUGGAGCAGGAGCCCUAAAUCUGGGAAACAUGGGUGCCCCCUUUAGACAGCGUUGCCUUUUUCGGUCCUCUUGCACAUGGGCGUUGUCGUGGUUUGCGGAGUGUCGUUGAUAGACCGGACGGGACGAGGCUCUCAAAAGGGGUCAUGUUUUGUCUUUAUCAUGAUUACACAUAAUCGGCUUAAUGCUAGACACAAGCAGCGAGAACU